AUGUCCGACCUUACUCCUUUCCCGCAUCCCAGUCCUGCCGAAGAAUAUUCCGAAUUCCCUUUUCCUACUACUCCAACCAGCCGUCAGAGCUUGGAGCGCGAACCUACAGCAGAUGACAACCCAUACAUAGGGCUGCAGGCGCCCACAACGCCCACAACGCCCACCACGCCCACCACACCCGAGGCCGAGCCCCAAAUCCCGGUAGCCGAACUUGAACCCCAAAUCGAACCUCGCAUCCGAUCUCCUCGAGUGCGCUUUCGCUCUUUGAGCCGUCUAAGUGAACGAUACCUACACCCAUCUGAUUCCCAUCGAGUCUUUUCCGACAAGUCGGACGCAUCCAAUGAUCCAUUGUUGCCGCCCGCGGAGUUGAGAAAUGUUCCUCUUAAUUCCGGAACCGUCACCCCGCCGGCCCCCGCGCAUUCCCGCCACGGCGGUCGCAGCCCACCUGUCGAAUUCUCAGAGAAAUCAGAGAAAGAAGACCCGGAUUCUAUCGAGCGAACUUCUUCUGCGCGCAACCGAUUCAGAGCUGCGGGUCAGCUCAUUCGCCAGAAAACCACGAAAUUGACGGAACGCCUCGGUCGCCCCUCCGACGAUGGCGAGGCCCUCAACGCCUCCCUCCUUCCGGAUGAUUUCGACAAUAUCCCAUUGGAGGAACUGCAGGCUCGUCGCGCACGCCGCGAUGCCGAUAACUUGCGUUCAUUGGAGGCUGGUGAGGAGGUCACCCAGCCCGCGCCGAGUGCUGAGGCUCAUCGCCUCGUGCGCAGUAUGACCAUGGUCCAGGACCGACUGAAGCGCAAGCCUCGUGGCGCGUACCAGCGGUCUGGCCAGACUACGCCUGAGGGCUUGCUGCGUGAUUACACGGCUGCCGCCCGUCGCCGUUCAAGUAAUUUCGGUGGCGGAGGCAGUGGCAUUCUCUCACAGCUGUUGAAGUUGCAGGCCGUGCAGACGGGGAGCUCAUCGCGCCCGGAGAGUGUCAUCACCGAUGACUCGGAUAGUGAGACACAGUUCUCCUCGGGUGGUACGACACCCAAGAAGGGUUCGCGCUCCCCGUCGAUGCUACCGUCGAUGCCCACCUCGGGUGCCGCCACCCCGCGCAAGGAGAAGCUGAAGUGGUACAAGAAGUCGGCCCACCGGUCGACCUCGUCAUUGGUUAAUGCCUCAAUGAACUUUAGUUCCGCUAGCUUGCCGGCGGCUGUUGAGGCCAUGCCGCCGGGCAAGCGGCCUAAGAAGAACAAGCGCAAGACGCGCUUGGAGGAUGAGAUUCGGGUUACGGUGCAUAUUGCCGAGAUCAUCUCUCGUCAGCGUUAUAUCAUGCAGCUCUGCCGAGCGCUUAUGCGCUAUGGUGCUCCUACUCACCGUUUGGAGGAGUACAUGCAAAUGACCGCGCGGGUGCUGGACAUCUCGGGUCAAUUCCUGUACCUUCCCGGCUGUAUGAUCAUGUCGUUUGACGACCCGGCCACCCGUACCGCUGAGGUUAAGCUGGUGCGGAUGGUCCAGGGUGUUGAUCUUGGACGCCUGGCUGAUACCCACAACGUGUACAAGAACGUCGUUCACGAUCUGAUCGGUGUCGAGGAGGCCAGCCAAGAGCUGGACGACAUCAUGCAGCGCAAGCCACGAUACAACAAGUGGUUGAUCGUUUUGCUGUAUGGUAUUGCCAGUACCGCGGUCGGCCCCUUCGCCUUCGAAGCCCGCCCAAUCGACAUGCCUAUCAUCUUCCUCCUUGGCUCCUUGGUGGGCUUCAUGCAACACGUUCUCGCUCCUCGCUCCGUCCUCUAUUCCAAUGUCUUUGAAGUCACCGCCGCCAUCCUAACAUCUUUCCUUGCCCGCGCCCUCGGCAGUAUCGAAGUAAACGGCAGUCGUCUGUUCUGUUUCUCCGCCCUCGCUCAAUCCUCCAUCGCUCUCAUUCUCCCUGGCUUCACAGUCCUCUGCAGCAGUCUGGAACUGCAGUCACACCAAAUCAUCGCUGGCUCGAUCCGAAUGGUGUACGCCAUCAUCUACUCUCUCUUCCUGGGUUACGGUAUCACAGUCGGCCUCACUAUCUAUGGACUGAUGGACAGCAAUGCCUCAUCCCAAACCACUUGCCCCAACCUUGACGUAUACGGAUCCGUCUACGUCCGAAAAUUCCCCUUCGUCGCCAUCUACGCCGUCUUCCUUGCCCUCGUCAACCAGGCUAAGUGGAAGCAAAUGCCCGUCAUGGUUUUCAUCGCUACAGCCGGCUACAUCGCCAACUACUUCAGUACCUUGAAGUUCGGCUCCUCGUCUGAAGUUGCAAACACCGUCGGCGCAUUUACAGUCGGUGUCCUGGGUAACCUGUACAGUCGUCUGUGGCACGGUCACGCCGCCACAGCUAUUUUACCCGGUAUCUUCGUGCUCGUGCCUUCGGGUCUUGCAUCCAGUGGUUCCCUCCUUUCCGGUCUGAAUUACGCGAACGAAGUCAUUGCUGGCAACACAUCAUCAACCAGUGACUCCGAUACAUCCGUUUCCAGUCUCGGAUACGGCAUGAUUCAGGUUGCCAUCGGUAUUACCGUCGGCCUGUUCAUGUCUGCUCUUAUCAUUUAUCCCUUCGGCAAGAAGCGCACUGGCUUGUUCAGCUUCUAG